AUGGCUUACUUCAUCAUUGACAUUAUGAGACACUACGACUGGAGGCAAUUGCUGCUCAUCAACGAACCCGAAGCACAAGUACACGUCGCCGGCAAGUCCACUUGUCUUCUCAUGAUGAAAACUUUUGCUAACUAUCUCAAGAAGGAAGAUAUAAUUUAUACGCCGUGGGAUACCACAUCCGACGGGGGUCUUAACUAUACUGAAAAUUUGAAGUUUUAUCUGGGCUACAAGUAUACAACACGAGCACCAUUUGGAUCUUUAACGGAGAGUUCCCAGAUUUCUGAAUUCAAGUUUUCUGAUUCAAUGCCUGCAGCCAAAUCUAGUGUUUGUAGUUUGACCCUGCUGGACUUCAGUAAGGAUACUUUGACUUAA